AUGUCGGUCGCCUCCAAGAACCUGUUUGACCUCCUCGGCAAUGACAUCGAGGAUGGCGAAGCCAACAAGGGUCCCGUGAAGACAGUCGACAAGAUUGCUCCUCGCACCACCAAGCGCGACGUCGAGCCCGUGGCCCCGUCGAAGCCUGCUUCCGCCAACACCGGACGCCGUGGACCUGGAGGCAACGAGGGAGCUUUCCGUGAUAGAAACGCUGGCCACUCUGCCAACCAGCGAAGAACCACCGACGAGGCUCCUCGUGGCGGUUCCCGUGGCGGCCGUGGUGCCCGUCAACGUGGUGGCCGUGGUGGUGGCUACCCCCGCGAUCGCGAUGACCGUCACACUAAGGGUCUGGCCAGCGGUUCCGAGAAGCAGGCUGCCCAGUCUUGGGGCGCCCAGGAGGGUGCUGCCGAGCAGAAGGACGAGCAGGCUGGCGAGGAGAUUGCUCAGACCGAGCUGAAGGAGGCUAUUGCCGAGGACGGUGAGGGUAUCGAGAACCCCGCCGAGCCGGAGAACAAGAACAUCUCCUACGAGGACUACCUCGCUCAGCAGGCUGAGAAGAAGCUUGCCCUCGGUGGCUCCCUCAACGUCCGCAAGGCCAACGAGGGCUCCAAGACCGACAAGAAGUGGUCCGCUGCCAAGGAGCUCGUCAAGGACGAGAGCGAGGACUUCAUCGCUGCCAGCGCCGGCAAGACCAAGCGCGAGCGUGAGCGCAAGCAGAAGGCUGUUGUCGACAUCGACCACUCCUUCGUUGAGCAGGACCGUCCCCGUGGCGGUGCCCGUGGUGGACGUGGUGGCCCCCGUGGUGGCCGUGGUGAGGGUCGUGGACGCGGUGAGGGCCGUGGCCGUGGCGCUCCCCGUGGUGGCCGCAGCGAGAACCCUGCCGUCAACCCCAGCGAUAAGAACGCUUUCCCCAGCCUCGGCGCAUAA